AUGGCAAGGAAUACGAUUCCGACGAGUUUUCAGAGGGUGGCGGCAGCCUUUGACGCUGACAUGAAACGCGUGAGGCCUUGCGAUAGCACCGAAUACUCCUCCUCAACUGAUUUAUCAGAUCUCGUGAAAUCGUUCAUGGAGAAGAAUGAUCAUAGAGAAGGCGAAGGCGAAGAUGUUGAGAAUUUGGAUUGGUUCGAUGAUUCUGACAACGACAAAUUGGAGACGUUGAAGGAGAUUUUUGCUGGUGGUGAAGGUGAUGAUGAUGAUGAUGCCUGCAAAGAAGAGAUUAGGAGAGAAGCUGAACUCGCAUGGAGUCUUGUUGGGGAAGACACCUCCUUGCCUGGAUUCAAACGUCUCUUCAUGUCUCGCUUGCGUGAAAGAGGUUUUGAUGCUGGGCUUUGCAAAUCUAAGUGGGAAAAAAAUAGAAAAUUCCCGGGCAGUGAAUAUGAGUACAUUGAUGUGAAUUUCGUCGGAAGCCGCUACAUUGUUGAGAUUUCCCUUGUUGCACAAUUUGAAAUAGCUCGUCCCACAAAUCAAUAUUCUGCUUUACUUGAUGUGUUCCCUCAUGUUUUUGUUGGUAAAGUUGAAGAGAUGAAGCAGGUUGUGAGGGUAAUGUGCAGUGCUAUUGAGGAGUCUAUGAAAAGCAUGGAUCUGCAUAUACCUCCUUGGAGGAGAAGUGGAUACAUGCAAGCCAAGUGGUUUAGUUCUUACAAGAGAACAAUUGAGUCAUCUGUUGGUGCUUUUUCCACUAGGAGGCCUAUUGGAUUUGAUGCAAGAGUAGUGAAAUCAUACAAAUGCAGGGAUGAUUAUGGGAGUAAGGAUGCUUUCAGAGCCUGUCAAUUGACUACUGGAUUUGAUACAGAUGGGCUUGGAAUGCAAUUGUAG